UGUAGUUACACAGCGUGUUCAGACUGUAAUUGUUCAUCAUGUUUUGUACUUAUUGACAUGCUGAGGUCUUUCCUGGGUGUAAGCUCUACUUCAGUUAAAGACUGAAAGCCCUUGUUUGUGUGUGUGUAUGUUGUCAGGCAAGGGGACUCAGCUUCCUUCUCGGUGGAGUCGAUUUGGAACAGCCUGGGAACAAGGGAACAACUCUGUCUAGAAUUGGCAGGGCUGCCAGAGCCAGAACAUGAGGCUCUGUUUGCUUGUUUGUUUGUUUCAUUCUGUCUAUCAGUAUCUUGAGUGACUUCAGGGUGGACUCCUCGAAAUGCAGAAUGAUGUCACUUUGGGUGAUCCGUUGUGGACAGCCCUCUGUGAAUAGAGGAAGUGCCGGCGGAGGCUGUUGUACCCAACUGUGACAUCAUCUCUCCCAUGUCCCUGUCCUGCGGAGAGAGGAGCGGUAGUGAAAGUUCACAGAGGAGCAAUAAGAGCCAGAGUCAGCAGGCAGGGCCACAUGAUACCAGGGCAAUAAGAAGGCUCACAGGAAGCAGCAGCCUCUGCCGGCACUGGGAAAGCUUGGGGUGAGAGGCGUUGGAGCGGCUCUCAGAAGCACUGGAGGAUUCGGAUAAGAAGUAGACAAGUGGGGAGCACUGUGUGAAAGUCCAGAGGGUGCUCACAUUCUCCACUCAAUGCCGACCAGCUCACUUAGGCUAAGCGGCAUCCCUCAACUGCAGCUGGGGCUUGGAAGGUGGACCGCCAUGACAUGAAUACCCUCAGCCUACCCCUGAACAUACGCCGAGGGGGAUCAGACACCAACCUCAACUUCGAUGUCCCCGAUGGCAUCCUGGAUUUCCACAAGGUCAAACUCAAUGCAGACAGCCUGAGACAAAAAAUCUUAAAGGUGACGGAGCAGAUAAAAAUCGAGCAGACGUCCCGAGAUGGGAACGUCGCGGAGUAUCUGAAACUGGUCAGCAGUGCAGACAAGCAGCAGGCUGGACGCAUCAAGCAGGUCUUUGAGAAGAAGAACCAGAAGUCAGCGCACUCCAUCGCCCAACUUCAGAAGAAGUUAGAACAGUAUCACAGAAAGCUCAGGGAGAUUGAACAGAAUGGCGUGACCAGAAGCUCAAAGGACAUCUCUAAAGACAGCCUGAAGGAAAUACACCACUCUCUGAAGGAUGCCCACGUGAAAUCUCGAACUGCUCCCCACUGCCUGGAGAGCAGUAAAUCUAGCAUGCCAGGGGUAUCCCUCACGCCCCCCGUGUUUGUCUUCAAUAAGUCCAGAGAGUUUGCCAACUUGAUCCGGAAUAAGUUUGGCAGUGCAGACAACAUUGCUCACUUGAAGAAUUCCCUAGAAGAGUUCAGGCCCGAAGCCAGCCCCAGGGCUUACGGCGGAAGCGCUACCAUCGUGAACAAACCUAAGUACGGCAGCGAUGAUGAAUGUUCUAGUGGUACAUCCGGCUCAGCUGACAGCAAUGGGAACCAGUCCUUUGGGGCUGGUGGGACCAGCACCCUGGACAGCCAAGGGAAGCUUGCCAAGAUCCUGGAGGAACUGAGGGAGAUCAAGGUUACCCAAACCCAGCUGGCGGAAGACAUCGAGGCACUGAAGGUGCAGUUUAAGAGAGAAUAUGGCUUUAUCUCUCAGACUCUGCAAGAGGAGAGAUACAGGUAUGAGCGACUUGAAGACCAGCUCCAUGACCUGACAGAGCUGCACCAACAUGAGACAGCCAACCUGAAGCAGGAGUUGGCCAGCGCUGAGGAGAAGGUGGCCUACCAGGCCUAUGAGCGCUCGAGGGACAUCCAGGAAGCCUUGGAAUCUUGCCAGACCCGCAUCUCUAAGCUCGAGCUGCAUCAGCAGGAACAGCAGACCCUGCAGACUGAUGCCGUGAACGCCAAGGUCCUGCUGGGGAAGUGCAUCAACGUGGUUCUGGCCUUCAUGACCGUCAUCCUGGUGUGUGUGUCCACCCUGGCCAAGUUUGUCUCGCCCAUGAUGAAGAGCCGCUCCCACAUCCUUGGCACCUUCUUUGCCGUGACUCUUCUCGCCAUAUUCUGCAAAAACUGGGACCAUAUCUUGUGUGCCAUAGAAAGGAUAAUCAUCCCGAGAUGAGCCGCUGCUUCCUGCCUUCACAUCCUCUUAAAGUUUUUAUUUGGAAGGAAACUCUGUGCAUACUACCAAAAUUUCUGAAUGGACGGCUGUGCCAAAGACGGCGAGAGAAGGACCAGAGCUACGUGCGGUGUAAAUAAGUAGAGACUCUUAACCCAGUAGCAGAGGCCAACACUGUCCCUGUACGUGGUUAACGUGAAACUGUCCCAGAGUCCUCCUCACGGGGCUCACUGCCUUAAUCAGAGCCCAUCUCGAGCCCACCUGUCGAGCUGGGCACAGCAAAGCCCUUGUUCUUUGGGCGCCAUGAUUGCUAACUGCUGUGUUCUGAGUUUCCCCUGACCAGCAAGAAUAUGGCUAGGACUUGGGGAAGUGAGCAAACAGGAACUGGCAGGGUUGAGCUCCUGGGGGCCUAUGGAAGCUCAGUGAGUCUCUCUGUGAUCUCUCCCACCUGUCCCCGGGUGGCUCUGUGCCCUACUAUGUACCCAGUGUUCACAGCAGUCAAUGGUGUAUGUCCUCAUAACGUGGGAAUCAUACCUGCUUAUCCAGCCGUAGUACUGCACUUUACAAGGUAGACACUGGGAUUUACAGCCGGGCUUUCCUCUUAUGCCCAGGGCACCGCACACCUGAUUCCAUCUUGUGUGGUUAGCAGUGCUCUGCCCUCCGAGCAUUCAGCUGGGCUGUUGUCAAACUGUAGCUUUGGUAAUUCGGGGUCCUGCGAGCAUCCCUGGGGAGGCAGUGCGUUGGUGACUGUUAACUGUGAUAAAUGCCCUGAGACGACAGGAUGCACUUUAUGUGAUUCACUUUACUCGCGGGUCUGUGGGGAUCAGACUGCAAAGCUUGUUCAGGAAAUGAAAACGAAUGACGUUCAUGUUGCCCAACUUUCUUUUCUCAGAGACAGCAAAAUCAAACUUCAUAAAGCGCGUGUACAGUGUGUGCUGAGGCAGGACACUGGGGGCCUAAGAGGGAUGUGAACUUUUAGGUCUAAUCAAAUGGUGGCAAGAGUAGUGGGAGCCCUUGACCCAGAUGAGAGCAGGAGGGUCCCUUAGGGACGCAAAGGCCAUCAGGAAUAAAAUUAUGUCCCGCGCUGGAGUGGAGUUGCUGCUGUCUGUCUCUUAGGUACACAGAUAAGCUCUGAGGUCACAGGAGAAAUGCACUGCCCGGGCAGAGAGCGUGCAAGAGCUGCUGUGUCUUGUUCGAUGGCUGCCAUUUACUGACAAACCUGGUUUUCUGUGUACUCCACCAAAAGGAGAGAGAAGAUUCUUAUUGUGUCCUGUCAGCCAGCCAGUCAGGACUCUGGUCCUCCCCACCCCCACCCCCUCCCUGCUGAAGGUGUAAAAGAUACUCUUAAAUGCUUUCUUCCAGAAGAACCUCUCUUAGAUUUAACUAGCUUCACUUGCAAAUGGAUGUCCUUAGGGACACCACACAUUGGGGAUGUAGCAAGUUAGUACAAGGCCAGGUUAGGUGAGUGGGACCCACACAGCUCUAACCUUUGCCCCUCCCCCACUCCAACUUCUAAGUCAAUAAUUCAUAGUUUUAGUAAAUUCACAAAGUAUUUAACCAUCACCCCUAACCAACUCCAGAGCCAUGCUUCUCCAAAAAAAACUAAUAAAUUUAACUUUAUGAAAUACAAAGGAGUUUGAAAUCAGGGAUGGGGAAGUUCCCAGUACCACCCCUAUCUAUGGCUUUGUCCCUACAGGGGAGACAGAGGUUUCUAAUCCAAAAAAAAAAAAGGGAGGAAGAGAGAGCCAUGAUCUUCUUUUAUUCUUGUAUUUUACUGGCCAGAUCCCUUACCUGUAGGCCCCAGACUCCAUCUGCCUGUACCCUGAAGCAAGCUGGGCUCUGCUGGGCUCCCAUUCCUAUCUGUGAAUAUUUCCAAGUGGCACUUAGGGCGUGCCAGGGCCUGGGAUGCCCGUGAAUGCCGCUAGCAGGUUUCAGAAAGAGUUUGAAUGCAACCUUAAGAGACUUAGCUAGGGCUCUGAGAGAAUCUGGGAAGAGGUUCUGUUCUCAUGCCAGCACCCGCCCCACCCCUACACAGCCUAACCGGACCACUCUUGAUUGACGCUUGCCAGACCUGCAAUCUGUGUUCCUUCUCCGUGCUGAGAAAGUCCAAAACAGCACACUCUACACCCUUCAGACUGAGCUUUGGACAGAAUUUGUUAGAAGCCUCCGGCACCAUUGUGAAUUAAUGGAGGUAGGGGUGGGGCCUCCAAAUCCUGGAUUCCUUCUAAAGAGCUUAGAUGCUCAUUGCUUCCCAUUAGACGUCAGAUCACCUUCUUUGCCCGGGUAUGUGCAGCUCUAUGGCAUACUUGUUUCGGUCUCACGGAAAGCUUGUGAAGCUUUUGAUAUUUUUAGUAAGAGUGUAUAGUUCAAGGAGACGUUGAUUCAACAGUUCUUAAUUCUCUCAAGGGCUAUAACCCCACUCUCUUGAACAUGUAACAUACAUACUGAAGAAAUGAAUUGUAUAAAUAUACAAUUGGCGGUAGCGAUAGAGCUGUGAGGUACCCUGGAAUUGGAAUCGAUUUGUAAUUGAGUCAGCGCAUCUUGUUUUGCACUUGACGUUGGGAGUAAACAUCUCGUGCAUCCCCCGUGUUAAGAGCCGGUUGGAGGUUAGUGAGCCUGUUCGCCUAGGAACACUGGUGAGAGCUUCUAGACGCUGGACGCUGCGUCUCCGGUUAUCAUGGCCGAUCAUCAGAAGAGUGAUUACGGAGGACAGAGCAGAACUUUAAAAUACUAAGAAUAAUAAAUAUUAAAAAAAAAAGUAAACAGCCACUCAGUGAAGCAAGUGGUGAUCUCAAGUGCUAUCGCUGACUUUGGACUGUGAAGGCAGGAUUCCCCAUCUCAAGCUCCUGGCUGGUGGCUUAGUAGUGUUCAGGUGUUCUUGUGUUGUCUGUUGGUGUUCAUUCACUUUAAUACUCUGUAGCUCUUGACUUUCUUUAAGCAAUGACCUCAGUGAGUUCUUACUGCCUGAGUGCCUGGCCACUUCUCUAACACAGGGUGGAGCGGGGAGGGGGGGGGAGUAGGCAGAUGAGGGAGCUCUUCCCCCCCAACCCCCUCUCCCAAUAAUUAGUUACUUUGGCUCGUUUGGGUUGAAUUUUAAAUACCAAAUUACUUUUGUGUUGAAUGGCAGUAUAUCUAUCAUAGGGUUGUUGUUGUUGUUGUUGUUGUUUUGUUCUGAUGUCGAAUCCAGACCUAAUUGUCUGGGUUUGGAAACACAAACGUACUAAUUGAUAAGGACGUGUGUGAUCAAACAACCUAUUUCACCCGUUUUCUUAAUUCUGACCUCGGGCUGGGGUGUGAGCACGGCUUCUUCGGGGGAGAUGGUUCAAAGCUAGCAGAUAACCUUUCAGGGGUCUAAAAAGACAAAUCACAGAAAACAAUUAGAUUGGCUUGUUUGUAUCAAAAAUAAAGAGCUUUAAAAACGUGUCAUUAAUGGGAACUGGGUAAUUUGUUAGAAAUAAAGCCAAAUUAUCAUUUUCUGCCAUGGAUACAAUUCUCUGCUUAAAGAGUCUGGAAGUGAUGUGUAAUUCCUUGGGAGUCUGAGGGAGGUUUACAUGUUGCUGUCCACAUAUAUUUAAAGCAUGUCUAUUGUGUUUGUCCUAAAAGAAACAUUUCAACUAACCGUGCUAUGUGUCUCAGAUACGCAGGGGCAAUAGCAGCGACUCUGAUGUAACAUCAGGAAUGCUGACUGUAACUUCUGUUGGAGAAUUCCCAUCUCAUGGGAAGCUACAUAGUUUUGUAUCUGCCUAAAAUUGUAAUUUCUCUGUAGAUCUUCCCCACAGCGGUGUUAUUAAUGAAUUCAAAGCAGGUGCCAUUAUUUUUUAAACAAUUGAUGUUUGCUUUGGUGUUAAAUAAAAGAACUAGAUUUCUUAAAUUUU